GGGACUUAAAGAUAGAGAGCAUGAAAGGGGAGAGCUAUGUUAAGAUUAUGGUAGGGUUGUAGGAGGGAAAAACCGUAUGUACAUAGUAGGACGUAAUGACUGAGUGAAAUUGUUGUGUGCUCUCGAUCCUAUAGCAGGGAAGGUUGAGUAAAGGAGCCGUCAGUCAAAAUGCCGGAAGGCGAAGAAAAGACGAUGACGAUCGAUGACCUCGUCGAGGCCUUGGACAGGCGUGAGAGAAUGGCCAGUAAUGUACCUAAGGUUGACAUGUUCCACUUUGACGGGGAGCGAGUUUCCGAGUGGUUGGACAAAGUGGAUCAGGCCGUGGUGGGAUUGGCAGACGACGUGAAACUUCAGGGAGUACUAAGAUUUGUACUUCAUAUCCACCACUCUGAAGUACAGAAGGUUAUCGACGCGGCCAAUGGUAGUUGGGACCGCUAUAAAGAGGCUAUGCGAAGGAAGUAUACGCUAGGGGAUGGAAUGCUGACGACCACUGAUCUGGAAGCCAUGAAUCGGGAUGACUUCACAACAGUGGGAGCCUUCUUGCAGGCAUUUAAGAAGAAAGCCAGGAAGGUUCAUGGGGUCUCUGAAGACGCUUUGUGUGCGAUCUUCUUGGGGUUGAUUACGGCUUCGGAGGCAUCCGAAAUAACGAGUCAUGGGGUAGCAGGUAGGGCCGAACUCACCUGGGACACCAUCGACGGAGGUGUAGCAAAUGGCAGCCUGGACCAGGUUGAACAAUACCAAAUGCGCCACCAGAGGCGGAAGAGGAAAGAACGGGAUGCUACGGCCUCGGGAACCCCGGGGGUAAAGAGGAUUAUUAAGGAUACGCUCGCAAAACUGGGGUAUGGUCAGGACGAGGUAAUACAGAAGAGGGUGAUAAUUUCUGUCCAAGGAAGAGGGAAAGAGGUGGUGAACAAAGAAGCCGCUCAGCCGGACUGGGAAGAGGAGGAACCUGUGCCUGUGCAGCUUACAAAAGCACAGAGGAUACUACGCAACCAGGCGCCGGGAGGACAAGGCACUGGGAAGGGUCAACUACAGCAGGCGGUAGCACCGGCCGCCGCAUCAAAUGUAGCUGGCCCGUCCAACAGUGUCGGGGCCCCACUGGUAUUGAUGCCACCACAAGGGCAAUGGGUGUUUAACCCCGCGCCCUCAUGGAGCGGGCAGAACGCAGGAGGGCAAAUGGUGCCAUACGUAAACCUGCAGAACACUGCGCCGUCCCCAAGUUACCCGGCCACGCAGGCCCAACCCAUGGCACCACCCCCAUCGCCCGCGCCAUCACAAGAUAGUGUGGCAGGAGGUGGAGGCYAGGGUCAGAGGGGCCAAGGGAAUGGUGGUAGGGGUGGAGGAAGAGGACGUGGAAGGAAUGGUGGUGGACGAGGCGGUGGACAGUGGGGUAACCAAGGUAGUCAGAAUCAGGGGAGUCAAGGUCAGUGGAACCAAGGUGGACAAGGUUGUGGCAGAGCGUAUUUUGAUUGGAGGACGGCAAUAUGUCAACACUGUGAUAAGAAAGGACAUACCAGCCGAUUUUGCAACCAACGAAGGGACGACGAGAGAGAAGGGUUAGUCUAUUCAAGUAUGGAUGGGCAUAUGUUCGAUCAAUUCGGAGAAGAGAUAGACCGUAAGAUCCCAGGUGGGGUUAGAGCGGAGGCUCUAAGGAGAAGAGCGGCAGGAGGGCCACCAGCACCUCCGGCAGUAUUCCGGCUGUGGCAAGAGAAGGAGGGUCCUCCAAUAACAGUGGAAGAGAUUGAAGAGGAUGAAGGAGGGCAUCUGCAGACGGCGAGUGAACAGGUGAAGGAAGAGCCUAUGGUUAGGGAGGUGGAAGACGAGGAGGAAGUUGAGGACAGCUCGUCGAUCAUGGACCUCGUCGCCAAGAUGGAGGACUUGUGGGGGAAGAUGGGAAGGUACCAGCAGAAGCUACAGGAUAUCUGUGGGGAGGUGAAAGAGUGGGAAGGUAGCCUUCCCAAGGUUUAUUUGCUGGAUACUGACCCCGAGGCAAGGCCAGAACGCCAGAGCUACCCCAAUGUAGCUUCAGUGGGGUCGGGCGCAUGGCCAGGGGGAUUGAUAAGGCCUCCUAUGGCACAAAGGAGGGUGGUGCCCGCAGCCCGAACGAGGAGUCAAGAGAAAGUUGGCCCAAGUCAGGAACCUCCACAAAAGGAGCCAGAACAAGAAAGGAGGAAAGAGGCUGUGGAGGUGGAGGAUGACAGUGAGGAUGAAGAGCAGGACGAGAGGCUCCGCCGUGAGGAGGAUGAGAGGGCGGAGCAACGGGCCAAGAAGAGAGGGGUCAGAGAGGACCCUGAGCCAGCCUUGCGCAAUACGGCGCGGAAGAAAAAGAAGUAUGCGGUUCGAUUGGAAGAAGGUUUUGAUGUUGAAAGUGUGAUCGACCUUAAGGAAAUGGAAGAGGAGCGGCGAAGGAUCCACAUGGAGGUGGAAGCAGAAGAGAAAGGAGAGGCGUUCGCUCUCAGUUUGGCGGACGUGGAUAAGGCGAUGGAUUUGGUGGCAACCCACGAAAUGGCGGAUCCUGAUGCCAUUCAAGCUCUGAGAGAGCAAGUUUUGGAAUGUCCCCAGGUGAACCCGGUCGACCAAGGGGAGCUGCCAGAAAGCUACGACGAUGAGUUUGAGGAAGGGGAGAUAAAGGAGGCUUUCCGUGCAGAGGAGUAUGAUGGGAUCUACCUAGAGCUAGGGCUCCUUCUAUCUUGUGAGGAGCACGCRGCAYGGAGGAGAUGGGGUGUGCGUGAGAGGAUUCRACACCUACGAGGGGUAGGGCUUUUUKAGGAGCCCGUGGCGCGCAUUCGAGAGGGGGCGGUGACCUGGGCAGAGGUGGAAAGGAGGAUGCACGGKUUGAGGGUGACGCCAGUGGACCAGGAUGGGGCACCUAUCCGCCUWYAGUACGGUAACGUGGAUGAGUUUCUACCAGCUUAUGAGYGAUGUAUGCGAGAUUUGGAGUACCCACGAGAGGAGUGGAUGCAGGCGUUGCUCUUAUGGACCAGGCCGGCGGAGAGAGCGAUGGUUAGGCAGAUCCRGGACAGAGCUGCUGACUGGGAAGGCUGCCAAGCCCGUUUAAGAYGAGARUUUCAGCGACCAGAGCCAGAARGGCGAGGGCCCGAGCGGGASGGGAGACAGGGGYCGUGGCCCUCACCUAUGGGAGUGGAUGGCAGGCCGAUUCGUCUGGCAAUUGGGAACYAGGAGGAGUUMAUCCCKRCCUUUGAGCAGUUCAUGCAURCCCAGCAGGUCGUGAGAGACGAGUGGGCCAGUAGGCURCCACUAUGGACCAGGCGGGCAGACAGACCUCUGGCAAGGCAGAUCAGAGGCAUGGCUCAGAACUGGGAGAGCUGCAGGGCUCAYGUGUUGGCARCAUUUCGGAGACCAGAGCCACCCCAGCCUGGAGUCGAGAGGGARCCGCAGGGUGAGAGGSCGAKAGAUCCUGAGCCURAAAGGCCUGUGACAUCUCGCGGAGGACRGAAKGCACUCGCUGGGCGAGAACAAGAGGUGGAGAUUGAGACAGAGGAGCAGGGAGCCUACCCAGAGUGUGGGAUAGGGCCAGUGGUGUUCCCUCAAGGAACUUCAGGGGAACAGGGAGCAUCACCACAGCACGAUCAGGAGGAGGCACCACCAUCUGGAGAGCCGCUACGAGAGUUAGAGGCACGCCUGGAUGUCUCACAAUGGAGAGCGCCACAGAUGAGAGGUGGGCAUGAYGAGGCCCAAGRGCAUGAGMCAGGGGAAGGGCCGAGCAUGGAGGGCAUGCGCACUGAGGGGGAAGUGAUAGAGGUUGAGGAGGACACUCCACCUCAGACGCCAGCCGUUGGAUUGAGAUUGGGGAGCGAGACAGCGGAGGCUCCACAGCAAGGACAGUCGUCGCCAUUACCUCCAGAUAUGACGUCUCCACAAGAAGGGAGGACGGACACAGAGGGCGAGAGGGUAGAUCGGAGGAGAGAGGCRAUUGCCUUGAUUGAUAGACAUUUGACUGCUGACGUCCMGGAGYAUCCUGACUUAGGGGGGCCAGCAUCUACAGAGUCGCYYKGAGAGCCARCACUUAUAGAGCCACCUCGAGAGCCACAUCAGCCASAGAGAGAGAUGGAGGCUGAGAUUCCAGCGAGAGCAGAUGGMCGUACGAGAGAGAGGGUUMCAGCACGAGAGACUGCCGAGGAGAAGCGGGCCAGGGUUAGGAGACGACUGCCAGAGAUUUAUGAGGAGAGGCAGAGAUUGGAGGCUGCAGGAAAGCUCCCAGCCCCGCCACCCGCGUCACCACCCAGACCCUCRGGARUGAGAGRGAUGUGGGAGGAGUUCUUAAGCCAAUACAAUGAGAAGGUGGCAUCCCCARAGAGAGCGGGKUUUCARACGGCCAGGGCAGUCARCGAGUAUCUGGAUCGCAAGGUCCGCUUUCUAGCCAAGACCUCCUUUGRUCGUUACUUGUUGAUGGAGGYAGAUCUGGCUGGCAAGAAGUUAAAGGAGUCAAGCCAGGGGGUACGAUUGGAGACAGCUGAGGAGGAGAUCCGGGAGCUCAAGGCAUUGGUAGCCAAGCAGGCCGUCAUUAUCGAGGACCUGAGGCAGCGAUGUGAGGGGCGAGAGGCACCUGCCAUUACCAGGGAUCAGGCAGGGUGCAGUCAUCAUGAUGUCCAGGAUGAGCCAGCACAGGGUCCACUUGAGAGGCUGACAGUGGAUGAGCCUUCCCAAGAGUCAGCCAUGGGGAGAGUUAUGUUAGAGCCAGAGGAAGCAAGAGCAAGGAGGGAGGCAGAGAGAGAGGCCUUCAAGUUUAGGACUCCUACUGAACUUGCCACUCAGCCUGAGAUCUCUUCUGAUCCAGUGUUGAGAUCCUCAGUACCUCAUGUAGGGGACAGGCCACGGGCUGCCAUUAGCACACAGACCUUGGGGUCAAAUGAUGGAUCGAUGAGCUUGCUCCUUGAGGCAGUCGACACUAUGGAGAGUGUGGGAGGCUUAUUCUCACCAGAACCGGGAGUGGAGGAGCCUCGAGAGGAUGGCUUGGAUGUCAUGAUGGGGGGCGACUUUGAGAGCAGGCCUCAGAGAUUGGAUACGCCUGAAUAUAGGCGAGACAGGAUUGAGGUUCAGUCAGAACCUAGUACUCAGGAGUUGGAGGCAGAGCCAGAGGGAUCAUUGGGGAGGCUGCAGAGCCAUGAGUUGAGCAGGGAGGCCAGUGAGGCACCUUCGUCGCCAGGGUCGCAGAGAGGAAAGAAGAGAUCCAAGAAGAGACGUGAUACCUCCUGUUUCUUCUGCCAAAAGGAGGGACAUAGAGCCUUGCAGUGUCCUAAGUUCCUAAAGGACAAGGCUCAAGGGAAAGUUACAGAGAGGGAUGGACGGUUCUAUGAUAGGCAGGGCCGACUGGUGGAGAGAUCUGCAGAUGGGGGUAGAGCUCAGUUGUAUAGGCAGAAUCAGGAGGAGAUGAGUGAGUAGAGUCUGGUCUGCAUAUACAUUAAAUAGAGUGUAGCUUGUUGGAUUUGACUUCAGUCAUGUACAUAUUCAGUUUUGAUUGUGAGUAGUCUUGUCAUUUUUGUA